AUGAAUCUACAGGAGUUUCUGGCAAUGGAGGAAAGCCGUGAACGCGACGAGCUGAUCGACCUCCGCGGCCUGGACUUCGUCUCCGACUACGAUUCGCAUCUUAUGUGCCCGAUAUGUCACUGCCCCUUCGUUGAUCCCGUUCAUCUACAAUGCGACCAUGUGUUUUGCGAAAGUUGCCUCAGUUCGGCCAUCAACACCUUCCGCUCGGCCGACUCGGACGAGUUCCCGUGUCCCUCUUGCCGAACCCCCACCCGAGAAAUAUCGACAAGCGUGCCGCGCCUGUUGAUCAACAUGUGCGACGAGAUCCGGGUACGGUGCCCACUCUUGACUGAGGGUUGUCAAGAAAUCAUACCCCGGGGUCAUGUCCAGUCGCAUGUCGAGAAGUACUGUGGAUAUCGGCUGGUUCCAUGUCCGGAUGAUUCCUGCGACAAAAUGAUGCGCAGCAAUGACGUAGGAAUCAAAACCAAGUGCAUGCACGCAGUCCGUUACUGCACCCGUUGCGAGCAAGACGUUAUUGAGCAAGACUUUGAGGAGCAUGAGAGCAAGCUUUGUCCGGUUCUUGAAGUCUCUUGUGUGGACUGUCAGACAGUCGUGAUCCGCGGGGAAUUGGAUGCGCACGUGGAAUCCUGUCCCGAAGUUGCUGUUCCCUGCUCAGCCUCUAAAUAUGCGUGUCCGGCCAAGAUUCGGCGUGCAGACAUUGCGACACAUGAGCAAAGUUGCCCAUUGGUUGCAAUGGGGCCUUACUUUGAAGGUCAAAACGCCAGGCUGAAUUCCCUCGAGCUGGGCAUGCGCCACCUUCAGCAGCGGAACGAGAUCUUUGAAGAUGGGCUCGCCAACAUUCGAUCUACCCUGAUGGAAUCCACUCGAGUCAACUCAAAUAGCCACGGCGAUAGAUCUUCAACACGGGUUGAUCGGGACCGCGAUCGGCAAACACCGGCACGCCCGGAAACGAAUGCAGACGAUCCCGAAGACGUUGCCUCGAGCAUAUUUUCCUCGACUGCCAACAGCUAUUUGCUAUCCCUGCACGAGUCCCUCCGCGAGCAGGUUGGACAACUAUCACAUGCUAUCAACGAUCUAGAUGCCCGUGCCAGCAUGGCCAUAAUGAACGAAUCCCUGCGCAUCAAGGAAGAUAUGGCGAUCACAAAUGCUGCGGUGAACAGCGUUCGUAUGCAGGUCCAGUGGCUCAUGAAUCCUCGACUUCACCAAGGACCACGUGGAGCCGUCCGCACCAACAAUACGAAUGAGGGUACCCGAACACAGAUGGACUCGUCGACCUCAACGGCAGGGCCGAGUAACGCCUCCACUCAAUCACUUGGCUUCCUUCGACCCAGACGGUCUAGUGACACUGGGCGUGAAGGCACCAAGCUGUGA